AAGAGCCGGCGAGGCUCCGGGGUGUCAUGGCUGCCUCCGUGCCGCGGUCUUUGCUGUAGGGCCUGGUGCAGACGGCCGCGCGCUGCCCUCGCUGUGGGAUCGCUGUUCUCGGCGGCGGCGCGGCCAUGGGGACGGUGCACGCGCGGAGUCUGGAGCCUCUUCCAGUGAGUGGGUCUGACUUUGGUGCUUUAGGAGAUGAACCUGAACUAAUUGAAGUUGAACCUGAAGCCAAGCAGGAAGUCCUUGAAAACAAAGAUGUGGUGGUCCAGCAUGUACACUUUGAUGGACUUGGAAGGACUAAAGAUGACAUUAUCAUGUAUGAAAUUGGUGACCUUUUCAAGGCUAAAAAUCUCAUAGAUGUAAUGAGAAAAUCACAUGACGCUCGUGAAAAGUUGCUCCGCCUAGGAAUUUUUAGGCAGGUGGAAGUUCUGAUUGAUACAUGUCAAGGAGAUGAUGCCCUUCCAAAUGGUUUAGAUGUAACAUUUGAAGUAACAGAACUGAGAAGACUAACUGGAAGCUAUAACACUAUGGUUGGCAAUAAUGAAGGCAGUAUGGUUCUUGGGCUCAAACUCCCUAAUCUCUUUGGACGUGCAGAGAAGGUGACCUUCCAGUUUUCCUAUGGAACAAAGGAAACUUCAUAUGGCCUAUCAUUCUUCAAACCACAGCCUGGAAACUUUGAAAGAAAUUUUUCACUUAACCUGUAUAAAGUAACUGGACAGUUCCCUUGGAGCUCCCUUCGUGAGACUGACAGAGGAGUAUCAACAGAAUUUAAUUUUCCCAUAUGGAAGACCAAUCACACGCUGAAGUGGGAAGGUGUUUGGAGAGAGCUUGGCUCUCUUGCAAGAACAGCCUCCUUUUCUGUUCGAGAAGAAAGUGGACACUCUCUUAAAUCUUCUCUCUCUCACACCAUGGUAAUCGAUUCUCGGAACUCUUCAAUCCUGCCUAGACGGGGUGCUUUGCUGAAAAUUAAUCAGGAGCUAGCUGGCUACUCAGGUGGAGAUGUGGCCUUUCUAAAAGAGGACUUUGAGCUUCAGCUGAAUAAGCAACUUUUAUGGGAUUCAGUUUUGUCUACAACUCUCUGGGGUGGAAUGUUGGUUCCUAUGGGAGAUAAGCCCUCCAGUAUUGCUGAUAGGUUUUACCUUGGUGGACCAACGAGUGUGCGUGGAUACAGUAUGUACAGCAUUGGACCCCAAAGCGAAGGUGAUUACCUUGGAGGAGAAGCCUUUUGGGCUGGGGGCCUGCACUUGUACACACCUCUCCCUUUUCGGCCAGGUCGGGGGGGAUUUGGAGACCUCUUUAGAACACACUUCUUCCUCAAUGCCGGAAACCUCUGCAAUCUUAACUACGGUGAAGGUCCCAAAGCUCACCUCCGGAAGCUGGCUGAGUUCAUCCGAUGGUCUUACGGUGCUGGAAUAGUGCUCAGACUUGGAAACAUUGCUAGAUUAGAACUUAACUACUGUAUCCCUAUGGGAGUACAGAGUGGUGACAGGAUAUGUGAUGGUGUCCAGUUUGGAGCUGGAAUAAGAUUUCUAUAAUAUUACAGAAAAACUUCACACUUCUGUCAAAAAAGAGAGCACUUGAAUAAAAUAUGGCUCACAGUGA